GCGCAGGCCGAGCUGGCUCGUGCUGCUGCCGCUCCGAGCUCCUCCGGUCCGAGGACAGCUCCGACGCUCACUCCAGGGACAGCGGGACAGCCCUCGGCGUCCUGGCGAGAUUCCGGCACCUGCUGGAGCGCUCCGGGGCAGCGGGCAGCCCCGGCCCGCCCCCGCAAGCCCCGGAGAGGACGACGGGCUCGCCCCCGGCGCCAGAACCCCCGGCGUCGCCUCCGGACAGAGUUCGGACCCCGGGGGAGCCGCCGCCACCCCAGCCGCCGCGCCACCAAGGAUUCCCGCGGCGCGGUUCGGAAGAAGAUGAGACCACUCCGGCCCGUGUGGCGGCCCCGGCCAGGGUUCGGACGCCGGUGGGAUUCCUACGGGCCGGUUCGGAGGAGGACGACGUGAUCGCGGCCCGCGCCCCGCCGGCCAGAGUCCGGAGCCCCGGGGAGUCGCCGCCGCAGCAGCAAGUGCCGAUGGGAUUCCAGCGGUGCACCGCGGAGGAAGAGGAGAUGCUUCUGGCCCGUGCCACGGCCGAGCAUCGGGUGCUCGAACCCGUGCUCCAACUGCACCACUCGCAGCAGGGGGGGCAGCACCAUCAUCAUCAUCACCAGAUCGGCCACCAGCAGCAGCAGCAGCAACAGCAGCACGUGUCCGCCCCGGGUGCCAUGGAGAGCAACAUCACGCUGUGGCAGUUCCUGCUCGAGCUGCUGCUGAGCCAGCGCUACAGCCACAUGAUCACCUGGACCAACGAGGACGGCGAGUUCAAGCUUGUGAACGCCGAGGAGGUGGCCAGGCUGUGGGGGCUGCGCAAGAACAAGCACAACAUGAACUACGACAAGCUGAGUCGGGCGCUGCGCUACUACUACGACAAGAACAUCAUCAAGAAGGUGCUGGGCCAGAAGUUCGUGUACCGCUUCGUCUCGUUCCCGGAGAUCGUGAAGACGGAGAACAAGAUUCCGUUCCACGUGAAGAUGGAGAGCAUCGCGCAGGCGCCCCAGGACCUGAGCCUCAAGGGCCGCGAGCGGAAGCGGUCGCUGUCCGACGAGGACGAGGCCCCCGCCGACGACGUGUCGUCCACGAGCAGCGGCGGGACCCUGCCCAAGCGCCAGCGCCCGGGCGCCGAAUCGGACACGGACUCCUGCCCGUCGCCCAAGUGCUCCCCGAGGUCCGUGGCGCGGCCCAAGCCUCCACCGCUGCUCGCGCCGUCGGCCCUGUUCGGGUCCGGCCUGUCGGCGCCCAUGAUGGCGCUGUCCAGUCCGUUCCUGACGCAGCACCAGCGCUCCAAGAUGCUGCCCUUGUACCCGCUGAGUCCCGUGCCCAGCCCCCGGUUCCAGUUCCCGCCGCGCGGGUUCGGGCUGCCCUCGUUUCCGCCGCUGAGCCCGUUCGUGACGCACCCGUACUCGCCGUUCGACCCGCAGCUCGUCUUCUCGCCCACAAAGUCCAUCCCCGUGCUGCAGUGAAACGGCGGCCGUGCUGGUCACCGCCGUCGUGGACUCGUUACUGGUGCGUCGCACAGACUCCGCCGCUCCGAGGGCAGUGCCGUCGCCCCGUACUGUAUACUGGACCUCCCGCUCCUCCCCCCGCCCUACAGAAACACUUCCCCCUGUCCGGCAGCGUGUACACAGAGUGCUGCUUUGGGUGAUGGCCUCUGGCUAGCGUACAGGCUGCCGCAAUAAAAAGCCCGUCACUGCUGCAUCGAGUCUGCGGUGAGUGCACGUCCA